AUGGAUUCGGCCUACCUCAUUGGCUCAACAGGUCAAUGUAUUACUACAAAAAGGCCAGAAAACCCGAUUACUGUAUUAAAAUCAUACCGCGACGAUGGGCUGGCAGUGUUCCGGAACGUAUCGGGACCGGAAGUGGACAGGAUCAGAAAGGACAUGACCAAAGUUUUCAACAGCCUAGGACUAAAAAUUACCAUCCAGGCAAACCUGAAAUCAGUCGACUUCCUAGACAUCACGCUGAACCUACGCACUGGCAAAUACCGUCCAUAUCGGAAACCCAACGACCGGCCACUGUAUGUCCAUCACAAAUCCAACCACCCACCAAUUAUCAUCCAGAACUUGCCCUCUUCCAUCAGCCGACGACUAACGGACAUAUCAACGGAUGAGGAGACAUUCCAGGACGCAUCUCAAAUGUACAACAAUGCGCUCAGAGACAGCGGGUACAAUGAGACCGUCCAGUUCUUGGAGGAACGGAAGAGUGGGAAAAGGAAGAGACUAAGGAAGAGACACCGGAAUAUCACAUGGUUUAACCCACCGUUCAGUAAGAAUGUGUCCACGAACAUCGGUCAGCGAUUCCUGCAACUCGUCAGCAAGCACUUCCACAAGGGUUGCAAAUUAUACAAGAUAUUUAACCGGAACACGCUAAAGUUCAGUUACAGUUGCAUGCCAAAUGUCGCCACCAUCAUCAAGCAACACAACAAUAGUAUCCUCCGCAGCGACCACCAGAAUAAGACCAAGGAUGUGAGAACCUGCAACUGCCGUGUCAAAAAUGAUUGCCCCUUGGAAGGAAACUGUCUAGCAUCGAGCAUUGUGUACAGGGCACAUGUAACCGACAGCGACAUGAAGGAGUACACUGGAUUAACCGAAGGGACAUUCAAGACACGAUUCAAUGGUCAUCAACAUACUAUUCGCCACAAGAAGCACGAGACCUCAACGAGACUGUCCAGACACAUCUGGAGACUGAAGGAUGAAAACAAACCUUACAGUAUCAGGAGGGAUCUGUCAUUCACGAAUCUGAGUACGUUACCCGUGAACUUAUUUGUGACUAACAGAAAGUUGCAGCGCCUUUAUAUUUUAGAUACCCAAAUCACUCUGGAUUUGGCGAGCGCAUGUGCUCUUGGUGUUGCGGAAGAAAUACUCAGACAAAACAGGGGUAGAAUCCGUGGAGGUCCUCCUUUGGAGUGGUUUGCCAAAAGCUUGGUAGACCGAUGCAAUGGUAGUUCUACGUUUCAAUGUCACACCAACAAUGGAACGGCUGAUUUCUUUUGCCAAUGUCCCACUGGACGCGUGUAUAACGGUAUUGACUGUGUCAACACUUCGAGUUGCGAUCCUGAUGAUCGUUCCCAGUCAUGCAACAAGUAUCCAGUUUGUCCGUUUAACAACCAAUCCUUCACGUACGAAUGCAGCUGCAGGACAGGACUAAAACUCGUCAAGCAUCUCUGUGAACUUGCGAAUGAGUGCUCAGAAGGGACGCACACGUGUGACGUCAAUUCCUACUGUACCAACACGUUUGCUAACUUCACGUGCAAUUGUAAACAGGGCUACGCAGGAGACGGCCUGUUGUGCGUUGAUGUCGAAGAAUGCAGAGCAGCUAAUGCAAAUUGCGGCAGCAACAGCAGAUGUGUCAACUCACUGGGAAGCUACUUCUGCGCAUGCACAGCAGGAUUCAUUCGGUCAAAGCCCCCUUCAAUCAUUGGUGACACAGACUGUGUCAAUGCUAACGAAUGCCACUCACAGCCGUGUGGAACGGGUGCUAGCUGUGUCGACACGCCGGGGUCAUACUAUUGCCAGUAUACUAGUACUGGCUUAGGAAUUCCGGAUGAAGGCGACACACAGCUCUCUGGGCUCUCGAUUGCAUUAUUUGCGAUUUGUGGUGUGCUCUUGGUUGCGGCACUUGUACUGUCCGUGCUUCUGGUCAAGGCGAGGCGUUCUGUUCGCAGGUCAAUCAUCACGCACACCAAGGCCCGAGGUGCCAGAUGCGGACACCAAUCUCGGCAAACCUCUGAGAGACAGUGCCAGAUGAAUCCUUGCAGUGAGGAGCAAUGCACUGAGACCAAUCUCAGGAUGAUGCCGAAUCCUACAACAACCGGAGCUGCAAGCAGCAACUUCGAUACCACCUACGAGUCUGCCGAGGCGGUGAGACAUCUUGUGGAUAACGAAGCGUACGGUGUGGCUGAAAGCCUGAGCACUGUUCCUGGUGGCCAACGCAGUGCUGCACAAACAGCCGAUACUCUUUACGAAUGUUUGUGAUUCACUCACGUGAUCACGUCACUUCACCUCAGGUAAUCCCAGUAUCAUUCGAAGCCUGACCUUUCUUUUAAAAUACACCUACACCAACUAUUGCCAAACGCACUGAGCAACGCAACACAGUUCUCCAUCAGUACUCUUGCCCCUAAAGCAGACAAUUCGCAACAGUUCCAUCGUCAAAGAUUUGCAAUAACAUGUGAUGCAGCACGCAAUAGAAACAGAAAACAAACCAAAAAAAUCACAUUUUGGCCUCAUCUAUACAUGUACUUUGUCUUCUUCCCGCUCAUAUUGGUUUGACGUAGCUGUUGGCCACACUGCACGUCGCCUUUGUUUGCGAAUUGUCGGCACUGUCUUACACCUGAUAGUAAUGUGUAAAGUGUUCCUGCAAGGCAUGCAUCUUUGAUUUAUCACAUCUCGUACUCAUCCUCGCUGUUUGCCUCUUACUUUUCACAGUAGUCUGCGACAUUGAGGUCGGCAGGGCAGCCUGGCCCCGCCACCACUUCUCGCACAUAUUCGGCAAUAUAGUGGACUUUCGUAUAAAAAAAAUUAAAAAAAGAUCAAUUGUCAUAAAUGUCCCCCCGUAUUCAUUCUCACAACAUAAACUUCGAUUGUCACGCGCAUUGCAUCUGAUGUCAUCACAGGUAAUUGAUCAGUGACGUCAACAGUUACUGUUGUCUUUUUCUGCAUCUGCUGCCCGCAUUUUCUUGGUGUUACUUCAAGUAGUACUAGUAGGAUUCCCUCGGAAGCUGAGACGAAUACUCACAUCUUUGAAACGUUUUUCAAGCUUUGCUGCUUCUCAUUAUCUUUGUACCUUUGCCUUUGGUUUUUCUUCGCAUCCUCCGGUCUAUGGAUAGCCAAUUUGCCACCGAUCGCUUCUUUUUUCUCCCAUUGGAUCAACCUCUUUUGCGUUAAACAAACGAGUAAAAAAAGCACGCAUAUGUAGACUUCAUGCCCACAUCCUCAUAGCUUAUCAUUGUGUUAUUAGAAUUGGAUCGUUUCACUUUGCUUUUUCCCGAACACAUGAUUCAAUCGUGCCAAUUUUAUUGAUUAUUGACUUUACGGUGUUCAUUUUACUACAUGCAUAGUCUCGGCAUUGUAAUGGUGAAGGAGACCCUGGUUCUUUUCCCGCUGGAACGCCUGUUCCGUACCCAUUGCUGCAUUCAGCACAUUUUGUUCCGAUUUUAAUGUGGAUACUCGUCCACUUUCCACUGUUGUAUUCUUCAAAUUUCUUUUCAGACUUUGCCUCCUUGCUUUAAUGCAGAUUUCUGGCUGAACAAUAUUGCCGAAAUGGUAGCUUCUUCGCAUUCUGCAUUAUUACAUUCGCCUGUGUUAACACCAUUGGGCAUCAGUUGUAAACCAUAAUGAAGCAUUUUUCCGGUGUUCAGCACGAGCACCAAUACACUGAGCCAAUGCUCCAGCAGCAUUAACGUUUCGUGUCUUAUUUUCGCCUUGCGUACGCCCACUUUCAAUGGCUCUGUGAUUUUUGUCGUUUCGCUCCUUUGCAUUUCUUGCCUUGGUUUUUGAUAAUUUUCACGCCUGUGAACGGCCACGUCUAAUUAUUUGCGUUAGCCUAUUCAGCACAUUGCAAGCUGUGAACUCAAAGAAAAACACUUUCACCGUAA